CAGAGGGGCACUGAACCAAGAGCUCAUAAAAUCAGCAAAUGCGUCCUGCAGACGACCAUGCAGAACAACUGAAGUCAACACACCUCGAUCGUGUUUCGCGCUUCUUUCACAUUUUACCUUUUCAAAACAGUGGCCAACUGUGGUGCUUUCGCGACUCCCAAUGCCAGCGUCUUUGCCAGCAGAGCAAUCCACUUUCUCAGUUUCAAAGGACUAGUAGUGGUCAGCAUCAUCUGGAGAGCUGUUGCUGUCUCUAAAUCAGCUGAAGAGCAGCAUCAAAUUCAUCACUGCUGCACAAUGGGACGGUCUGGUGGCUUUCCGAGGUGGUGCAUGCUGGCCAUUCUCGUGUUCUUUGCCAAGAACGUCCAGUGUCAAACAACAGGAUCCGCCAGUGCGCCUGCACAAAGUAGUAGCUCUGGAGCACCCUCGUACUUGGCCAUCAACUGCGGAGGUCUCACUCCAGCGAGUGCCAGCAUUCCCAGCUACUAUGGAGGAGUCACAUAUGGCUCUGGGCCAUUCUACCAGCCAAACAACUCACAUGUUUCGACAGGUUCGGUUUCAGGACCAGUGGUUUUCCAAGCUGACAAGUACUACUUCGGAACAAGCACUAAACCCAGGCAAUACCUUGGCUUCGCCCCACCACUGAAUGUGCCAGACGGAUCUCUGUACCUGACGGAGAGAUAUGGUCUUGAUUUCCAGUAUGAACUGAACGUUCCCAACGGCAGCUACAGCGUCGAGCUCUUCUUUGCUGAGACUCAAUUCGACCAGCCUGGAGCACGCGUGUUCAGCAUACUCAUCCAGGGACAGAUUGCAGUCGCAGACUUGGACAUCUUUGCAAGAGUGGGGAUGAAUCAGAGCCUUAUCAUCACACAGCCAGCAGUGGUGUCAAACGGCCUCCUAAGCAUCGCCUUCCAAACGGUGUCUUCAAACCUGAAUGACGGGGAGGCGAAGGUGAACGCCAUCCACGUAUACUCCAGUAACACUGAGCACGUCCCCUUCCCCGCACCUCCAUCUUCUUACAACAUCAACGCAGGGUCGAGCGCCUCCUAUACCGCAGCUGAUGGCACCAAGUAUUCUGCCGACUCCUUCUACGUGGGGGGAUCGACUUCGACCUUCACGAAUCUGCUCUCUCCGGCCCCCUCUUCGAUCUCCCAAAGCCGCGAACCUUCGAUCUACGCCUACGCUCGGACCGGCGCAUCCUUCUCCUACUACUUCAAUCUGCCGCUGGGAAGCUACCAGAUCGAGCUCGACUUUGUGGAGGACAACUACAGCAGGGCUGGCCAACGGGUUUUCACAGUGGCCGUCCAGGGCGUGAAAGCGUUCCCAGCCAUCGACAUCAUUGCCAACUCGACAUAUACCCUCUCGCCAGCCUCGGCUCCUGCCCCCAGUCCCGCAGACGUAUAUACACCCGCACCCUAUAGCCUAUCGACAGCAGCUUCCGUAUCGAAUGGUCUGCUCCGCAUCGAUUUUGCCGGGUUAAACGGAACGAACGCCACCGUCUCGGCGAUCCGCGUUGCGCCCCUUGUCAGCACGACGAAGCUCACGCUCGCCGUAGAUUGCGGAUCUGCGAUUGACGUCAUCAGCGGGAACGGGGUAAUUUUCAAUGCAGAUCAGAACUAUUCGGGAGGAGUGGCGUUGCUGACCAACCCGUAUCAGGUCUUCCUUCCGUACAACGCUGACAACGACGACUUCCUCUACUCCACCGUGCGCCAGGGCAACUUCUCGUACAAGUUCUCUGUGGCCAACGGGACGUACCUCGUCGACCUGCACUUCGCCGACCUGAAUGCGACAGGCCCAGGACAACGCGUCUUCGACGUCUUUCUUCAAAACACGAAGAUCCUGUCAAACCUGGACGUUUUCGCUCGAACUGGCGAAAACAUCAGCGUCUUCAUCUACCAGGCGCCCGUCAAUGUCACCUCCGAUUUUCUGCUCAUUCGCUUCCAAGGCUCCGACCUCUCGACCCUCCAAAACUUCACGCUCAGCAACUUCACGCUGGGGGGCACUAACUACAUCAACACACUUUUGCCCCCUUUCGUCAGCGCCCUAUUCAUUCAACCGGGAAUGGCAACCCCGAGUACCACUUUUACCCCUGCCCCUGCUCCGCGCACAGUCCAUAGGUCUCCAGCCCCGGCCCCCGGUUCUCAGUCGUCGCGCCUUGCCCCCGCGCCUCGCGGACCCCCCCCUCCACCCGGGCCAGUCGGACCCCCCCCACCGAAUCCACUGUUUGCAUUCGCCUACACUCCGGCAGACGCUCCGCAGGCCCCGAUUUCACCGGUGCCCACGUUCGCGGGGGCGGCGACCGCAAAUCCGAGCUGCCCCGCCAAUGGGGCGCCACCUCAGGGCCUCAACUGCACCGGUCCCUGCCCGCUCUGGUCGCCGCCAUUCGCCUUCAGCGUCGCCAUCAACUCCGCCGGGCCUCGUUACGUGUCCAGCUGCGGAGUGGUUUUUGAGGACGACUCCAACAACUCGUCCCGGUGCAGCGAUGGCGUCAGCAGCCUGACGCCCGUGACGCAGGCUGGCAUCAUGCCGCCCGGUCGGACCUGGUGCAGGACCAACAUCAAGGGCCCCACGGGCGGCUACCAGUACGACACCCCCAACGGAAUCUUUGACACGUCCGACCCCACCAUCUUCCAGAGCGAGUUCAUCGGAUACAACGCCUACUACAUCCAGCUGCCCACCCCCGGCAUCUACUACGCAACCGCCUACUUCGCCGAGAUCUCGCUCGGCCCCAGCAGCCCGACCGUUGAUGUGAACAAGCCCGGUCUGCGCCUGUUCUACGUGCACUUCAACGGCGACAACUCGGACGCGAUAGGGCCCAUCGAUCCGUUCGCGCUGGCGGGGGACGCCAAGUUCGCAGCGGAUCCAUCACAGGGAAAGGCGGUCCAAUGCGACACCAACAUGAUGUCGAUCCAGUUCGAGGCCGUCUCGACCGGCCGGGAUGCGCCCAGUGUCAAAGGCAUCUUCGUAUACGGCCCCGUCGAGUCUUUGAGUUUCAACGCACAAGCGCCGCUCGGUGCACGACCAAGUGGCCAACCGAGUGCCCUCGCCCCGCCUCCUUCAACCGGGUCUGGUGCGUCUAGCCCGGUUUCAGCGGGCGGUUCGGCAGCGUCCGCAGCGCCCGCACCCGCUUAAUCUCCAUCAUGUUGCUUUUGGGAAGUGGCGGUAACGAGUGUCGGAAAGUUGUGGGGGAAAAUGUGUCGAACAAGACAGGUCAGGUUCAAUUUGAAACUUUAAUCGAGGUGCAGUGUCAGUGUUUGACUAUGCUAUAUUUGUUUGCACAUCUGAUUGAAUAAUGAGAAGAAUGUUGGGAAGAAUAAUCUUUGACGUCGAAAUUGUAUCAUAAGGGGUAAGGAUGUUGGGCGAAUGUCCUGUUUCAAGUGUUCUGGUCAACAAUAUCUGUCGAAACCAACUUUUUACCUCGAAGUGAUUGUCUGAACGCUUUUGCAAGCGAGAGAAG